AUGCCAGCGGGAGCACGAGACGCACAAGCAGCAUCAACGCCAGAAACAACAGGAGCUCUACGAGCAACAGGUUGCGCUGCAGCAACAGCACAGCAAGAAAUUGAAGAGCGCCUGCAGUGUAUGCGUGAAGAAUUAGAAGUCAGAGAGCAGCAGUUGAAACUGUUGCUAAAACUAGAGCAGGCAACACAGGAUCCUCCAGAGCAGCAGGAGCGAGAGCCCGAUGAAUUUCUUGCUGCCUCUAAUCAAACCGCCGAAGGGGGAUCUUAUAGUUUAGGCUUAGAAGACAGAGGGCAGGAAAAGCAUCACCAGGAGGCUGCCCAGCAGCUUUUAGAUUUAGCUAGCAUGCUUGAGCAGCAGCGCAAUGAUGCGCGUGAAAGCUGCCGUAACCUACAGCUAGAGCUAAAUGAUAUGCGGGCCUUUCAAAGGACAGCAGAUGAGCGGGCAGAGUUGCUGCUGCGGCAGGUGCAGCAGCUGGAGAGGCAGGUCGAGCACGCUAAGCAGCAGCAGCAACAACAGCAGCAGCGCCUACAGCAGGGCAACCAACAGGAGCAGAUGCGCCAGCAACAGCAGUGUCACGACAAGCAACAGCAGCAGUUGUAUGAAGAUCUUAGCAGGAUGGGAAAACAAAAUAAAGAGCUGAAGCAACAGAUCAUUUUGCUUCUGCAACAGCAGCAAACUCAUCAUACAGCUGAAAGCCACAAACAGCAGCAACAGUUACAGGAAGACUUACUGCAGUCAAAAGGAGAAGCUACAGCAAGAACUGUUGACGUCUACACAGAAACUCGAAGGUCUGCAGCACCAACAACAGGAACACUUACAGCUCUACCAGCAACAGCAGCGGGAAUUAGAGACCCUUAG